ACCUACCUCGUCUUGUAGAGAGACAUUCUGAGGCAACUUUAUUCCUCCCACUGGAUGCUGUUGUUGACUUCCUCAUGCGACAGCUGAUUUAGCCACUACUCCAACACAUGAUGCCCACGAUGCUCUGUGUGCAGCAGAUGGCGCCACAUGGUCCGGGAAGACCUUCCCGCCAAUUUUCAAGCAUCUCAGACUGCCGAAUUAAUCAGGAAAAAAUUAAAUCUCAAAUCAGCAAUCGCUGCUCCUAGGAAAAUUAAAUUGUUCAGAAGUUCACGAUGUUGUCCCCAUUGAGAUUCAUCAGCAAGCUCCUCCUGAGACCAAAGCCUGAGAACUUCCUCACCAUUCAUCGUGGUGUCUACCAGAAGCUCGAUCUUGACGAUUCAUGCCACGAAACAUCAACCAGGGGACUCGUUUUGGGGAUUUACUGCGAUGAAGAUGAUCCCAAUGAUCUGGGAAGAUUAACUCCCACCGCCAUGAUGUUCAAUAAUAAAUAUGCAAACGGAAGGAUUACUGAGCUGCUGAAGUAUUCCCGCCCAUGCCCAAGGCUCGGUGACUUCAGGACCUUCUUCAACGUUGAUCCUUACUACUCUGCUGUUGUCUUGGUGGGCUUGGGGAAUGAAUGUCCGGAUGACAAUGAGAUGGAGUGCAUGGAUGAUCAGAAGGAAGCAAUAAGGAUUGCUGCUGCCAUGGGAUGCAGGGAGUUGCAGAAACUCCAGACAAUUGAUGUGCGUGUUGAGAGUUUUGGGCAUGCUGAAUCAGCUGCUGAAGGAGCUGCCCUGGCCACGUGGACAAAUGAUGAGAAUCGCAGCAUUGGACGGAAGAUUGCGCCAAAUAUUCGACUGCUGGAGAUUGAGGGGCAGGAAGCGGAUCACGUGGGGUGGCAAAUUGGAUUGCAGAAGGCAGAAGCACAGAAUUUGACGCGACAGCUGCAGGACACCCCUGCUAAUAAGCUCACACCCCUCCUGUUUGCCCAGAAAAUCCUCAACAUCCUCAUGCAGUCGGGUGUGAAUGUGGAGGUGAAGGUGAAGGAUUGGGCGGAGACGCACCAGAUGAAUUCCUUCCUGGCCGUUGCCAAGGGAUCGUGUGAGCCACCAAUCUUCCUGGAGCUCAGCUACUUCGGCACAAGCUACGAUGAGCGCCCAAUUGUUCUCAUUGGCCAAGGGACAACCUACGACAGCGGUGGGCUGUGCAGGCAGUCAGCAGCUGAGCAGGAGUAUGGACGUGGGGACAUGACAGGAGCUGCUGUGGUGGUGGCUGCAUGCCGUGCCAUCGCUUCCAUGCACCUUCCCGUGAACAUUCGCUGCCUCAUCCCACUCUGUGAGCACAUCAUGGGAUCAUCAGCCAUGAAGCCGGGAGAUGUGGUGAAAACAAUGAACGGGAAGUGCAUUGAAGUGGCCAAUACGGACUACGAGGGGCCGCUGGUGAUCGUUGAUGCUCUCCUCUAUGCCAAGAACUACUUCCCGCGCUACGUGAUUGACGUCGGGACGAUCUCCAGGGAGAUUAAACACACCUUUGGCAGUGAAGUCAGUACUGUCUUCACAAAUUCUGAGUACCUCUGGAAUGAAAUGCGCGAAGCCAGCUUCCAUACAGGUGAUCGUGUUUGGCGCCUUCCUCUGUGGGAUAUUUUCCGGAAGAAGAUAACGGCCUACCCGCAUGUGGACGUGACUAAUGUGGGGGUGGGCAGUGGCUACACGUGCAAAUCAGCGGCAAUUCUAAAUGAAUUCGUCGAUUCCGUGGAUUGGCUGCAUAUGGACGUCUACGGGGUGAUGGUGACCAACGGAAGGGACAAACCGUACCUCCAGGAAGGCAUGGCAGGACGCCCCACGAGGACUCUCAUUGAAAUGAUUGCAAAAUCAGCCGUUAAAGAGCACCAACGAUAUUCCUUGGAAAGUGAGUAAGGAAAUUCUUUGCGGAAAAAUUUCUUUAAAUUGAUUAAAGGAAAUUCUUGGAAAACUUUGAAGGAAAAAUCAUUUGUAAAAUUUGUCUAAUUUAUUCUUCUUCUUUGCUAAAUACAAUGAAUAAUAACUUUUCUUUCUUCUCACAACGGAGAAUAAUUCUUGAAGAAACAACUCAAAAACUUUUGGAAAUUGGUUUGAUUUUUUUUCUAUUUUUUCAUAGUAUUUGAGCUAGAUUUUCCUGGCUCAAUUUUUUUCCUAUUUUAUUUUUAAUUCUAUUUAAUAAUUUAUUUAACAGUAAUACCACAUUUUCAUCAAUUCACACAGUUUAUUCAGAAGCAAAGGGCAAACAACUUUUUUUUGUUUAAAUCUUGCAAUUGAAAAUUUUUUGAAUUUUUCUAAUUGGAGAAAAAAUUAAAUAAAAAAUAAUUUGAAAAUUCAAAAAA